AUGCUGAAAUAUCUCGAGGCGGUCGUUCUCGCGUCCUCUGCUUUGACCGCCAAUGCAAAAGAGUUUUCGUUCACGACUGUCAAAGACGUAGCAGAAGACGCACCUGUUUUGGAAAGCACAGGCUUGACGGCAGAUGAAGAGAGUCGAAUUAUUGGUGGGUUCGAUGCCGAUAGUAACGAUCACCCCUACGUGGCAAGUAUCCGGAUUGACGGCGUGACCGUUUGUGCGGCCACGUUGAUUGCUCCACGGUACCUCGUGACAACAGCUCACUGUAUCAAGACGGACGAAGUUGAAAUGACGGCUUCGUUUGAUACGGAGUAUAGUUUCGGAGAGGAUGGCGAGACCAUCAAGAUUGUUGAAGGGUUCAAGCACCCGAUGUACAACAAGAGGAAGCACUUGUUUGACGUGGGGCUCUUUCGCCUCGAGACAGCGAUGACGCACAAGGUGGCGACUUUGCCUGCAGCUGACGGAUCGGACGAGAAGGUUGGCACCAUCGCUACGGUACUUGGCUGGGGGCAGACUGAAGAGAGCUCUGCUAGCUUCACUCUUCAACAAGUGGACAUUCCUAUCAUUUCGAAGGCAGAGUGCAGUCAAUUUGAGUCGUACACGGAUCAACUUACAGAAGGGAUGAUUUGUGCUGGUAAAGGCAAAGGCAAGAGCUCUUGUAGAGGUGACGCUGGCGGACCGCUUAUCGUCAAUGAUGUGCUUGUCGGGUUUGUGAGCUGGGCAGGUGAUCAUUGCGGAAAGGAACCUGGUGUUUACACUCGCGUGUCAUCUGUAUUGGACUACAUUAGCAAUGUUGUGGAGAGUGGAGAUCCGAAAGAUCGAGACGAGACAUCGCAAGGAGACAAUGCGUCGAAAACAAAAGAACUAGAAGUCAUGGCGACUCCAGGCAGCAAGUCUUCGAAAACGAUGACUGCGAAGUCUGUCGAUGUGAUUGCGUCGAUCACUGAUUCCUCUAGUAAUGGGCGGGCCUCAGCUGCGAAGGGACUUACGUUUGCAUAUGACGGGUCAAACUAG